AGCGGAAACGGGACAUUGGCGACCGACGGGAACAAUGGCACUAGUUGGCAGCGCGUGGUCGAUCAGGAUACUGCCGUGCAGCAGUUACCAAAGAGCAGUGAGUUUAAUUGCAACAGAGCCUUGUUUGUAUGAACAAAUAUGUCAUUCAUUGGCUGCAAGAAGCGUUGUCAUUUUCGUGAAGAGUCUUUAUUUCCAUAUAAGAUCCCACAUCCCGUAUUCACAGUGUCAAAUUGUAGUGGAAGCAUGCGAGGUUCUAUCGUCUUUACGUCUUUUUUUAAGUAAAAUAAAUGCACAGGAUCCACGAAACUAUCGUACUUUACGAAUUGGAGCGAAUGGAGCGUCUGUGAUCGACACUGCAUGCAGAAUCGCGUUCGAAGGUGUCGCGUGAAGAAGAAAUGUAGCAACACGAUACUCAGGGAAGAACGAACCUGUCAACACAACAGGAAAAGUAGGUGGAGGAGAUGCAAGCAACAUCAGCGACGAGGCCAUCGUCAGAAGGAUAAAUUUCACGUAAUACAGGUUCCCAGGAAGGAAGCAGAACCUAGGCAAGGGAAGCAGAGAGGCAAAGACCAAUCUGUAGGAUAUUAUGGCAAAUGGAGCAAAUGGUCACCCUGUACAAGACUGUGUACCACUCAACGUCAUAGGUGGUGCAAGAAACCUGGAAUCUGCGGCCGCGACGUGAUAAGAGAAAGCGCGUACUGUUACGUGGAGGGUAGCUUCUGCCAAAGAUGGAUCCAUCGAAAAAUUCGUGGAAGCCAGGAAGAGGAUACCGACGAUAUCGUAUUGGACGAGUUCGAGCUGAAUCCCAAUAUGGUCGACAGUUUCAUUCCGGAGAAAAACUCUCAUACUUGGAAAUGCGGAAUUCCGCAAAAAACUUCUCCGCUCUCCUACUUUACCAGGAUCAUCGGUGGUCGUCCGUCCACUCCAAGAAGUUGGCCCUGGCAGGUUGCCGUGUUGAACAGAUUUCGCGUAAGCGCCUCAGCAUUGGACAUUGUACCUCGCUCGAAUGACUCGGAGGCGUUCUGUGGGGGUACUUUGGUCUCGCCAAGAUGGGUGUUAACUGCAGCGCAUUGUAUCAGGAAACGACUUUAUGUUCGCAUUGGAGAGCACGAUUUGACCGUGAAGGAGGGCACCGAAUUGGAAUUGAGGGUGGAUUCGGUGACGAUACAUCCCGAAUACGACGCGGACACAGUGGACAACGACAUUGCGAUGUUGCGUCUUCCGGUCACGUUAACAGCGUCGUCGUCCAGAGGAGUAGCUUGUCUUCCAGCGCCUAACCAGCCUCUGCCCGCCAAUCAGCUGUGCACCAUUAUUGGCUGGGGAAAAUCGCGAGUCACCGACGACUUCGGGACCGAUGUUCUUCACGAGGCUCGGAUACCCAUAGUAUCUUCAGAAGCGUGUCGAAACGUCUAUGAAGACUAUAGAAUCACCGACAACAUGUUCUGCGCGGGAUAUCGUCGCGGAAAGAUGGAUUCCUGCGCGGGUGACAGUGGAGGACCUCUUCUGUGCCAAGAUCCCAGGAGACCUAAUCGCCCGUGGACCAUAUUUGGCAUCACGAGUUUUGGCGAAGGUUGUGGAAAACGCGGAAAGUUCGGGAUAUACGCCAAACUGUCCAACUACGUUCGUUGGAUCAGCAGAGUGAUGAAAGAAACCGAUGAUUUCAAUUGA